AUGGAGCAGCUGCACCCACAGAACCACAGACACUACCCCCUGUCAGUCACAACGGAACCACAGACACUGCCCUCUAUCGGUCACAACAGAACCACAGACACUGCCCUCUGUCAGUCACAACAGAAUCACAGACACUGCCCCCUGUCGGUCACAACAGACCACAGACACUGCCCUCUGCCGGUCACAACAGAACCACAGACACUGCCCUCUGUCGGUCACAACAGAACCACAGACAUUGCCCUCUGUCGGUCACAACAGAACCACAGACACUGCCCUCUGUCGGUCACAACAGAACCACAGACACUGCCCUCUGUCGGUCACAACAGAGCCACAGACACUGCCCUCUGUCGGUCACAACAGAACCACAGACACUGCCCUCUGCCGGUCACAACAGAACCACAGACACUGCCCUCUGUCAGUCACAACAGAGCCACAGACACUGCCCUCUGUCAGUCACAACAGAGCCACAGACACUGCCCUCUGUCGGUCACAACAGAACCACAGACACUGCCCUCUGUCGGUCACAACAGAACCACAGACACUGCCCUCUGUCAGUCACAACAGAGCCACAGACACUGCCCUCUGUCAGUCACAACAGAGCCACAGACACUGCCCUCUGUCGGUCACAACAGAACCACAGACACUGCCCUCUGUCAGUCACAACAGAGCCACAGACACUGCCCUCUGUCAGUCACAACAGAGCCACAGACACUGCCCUCUGUCGGUCACAACAGAACCACAGACACUGCCCUCUGUCAGUCACAACAGAGCCACAGACACUGCCCUCUGUCGGUCACAACAGAACCACAGACACUGCCCUCUGUCGGUCACAACAGAACCACAGACACUGCCCUCUGCCGGUCACAACAGAACCACAGACACUGCCCUCUGUCAGUCACAACAGAGCCACAGACACUGCCCUCUGUCGGUCACAACAGAACCACAGACACUGCCCUCUGCCGGUCACAACAGAACCACAGACACUGCCCUCUGUCGGUCACAACAGAGCCACAGACACUGCCCUCUGUCGGUCACAACAGAACCACAGACACUGCCCUCUGUCGGUCACAACAGAACCACAGACACUGCCCUCUGCCGGUCACAACAGAACCACAGACACUGCCCUCUAGGGGGUCCAGGCUGCUGAGCGGGUCUCCCUCCUCCCUGGGUCUGGACCCGUGCAGACCCUGUCCCUCGGCCGGGUGCAGGAAGCUCUGUUUGGUGACCCGCUGUUUGCCCGUCCCCCCCCCCUCCAUGGAGAAGGCCUCAGGAGCCAGAGAGGCCAGCAGCUCCAGCGAGGACGGGGCCUGUGAGGAGCAGGGAGAGGGCUGUCAGACUGCACAACGAACACACACACACCUGCACUGUGCUAUACUGAGGAACCAGAACCAGAACAACGGAUGUUACAGUCAGACAGGGGACCAGGUGGGGGACCAGGGGGUGGACCAGGAGGGGGACCAGGAAGGGGACCAGGCGGGGGACCAGGAGGGGGACCAGGAGGGGGACCAGGAGGGGGACCAGGGGGUGGACCAGGAGGGGGACCAGGAGGGGGACCAGGGGGUGGACCAGGAGGGGAACCAGGCGGGGGACCAGGCGGGGGACCAGGAGGGGGACCAGGAGGGGGACCAGGAGGAGGACCAGGAGGAGGACCAGGAGGGGGACCAGGUGGGGGACCAGGAGGGGGACCAGGUGGGGGACCAGUCCCGUCAGCAGUGA